UUGCAAUAAUCCUAUUGGAUUAUAUCUGACGGAACUUUACUCGUGUACUUUUAUUGCAUGGUUCAAUAAAUAAUCUAUAUCGUUUGUAAUUUCAAGAUAUUUGGUCGAUUUUAAGAAUCCAGUUAUAAGUAAAAAAAUUCUUGUCAUGAAUAGUUUGGGUGAUGAUUGUACGGAAUUAAAAAAACAAUAUGAUGCUUGCUUCAACUCUUGGUUUUCCGAACAUUUUCUCAAGGGUCGUCAUGAUGAUUCUCUGUGUGCGCCAAUUUUUAAGGUUUAUCAAGAUUGUGUAAAGCGCGCUAUGCGUGAGCAGAAAAUAGAACUUCGCGAAAUUGAAUCGGAAAUCACUACCGGUGAACAAAACCAUGAGCAGCAGCAACAAGAAAAACCAGAUCACACAAAGAGUUGACCCAUAUUAAAUAGUGAUCUUUCCAACACCACUGAUAGCACGUCAGCUACCGCAGGUAUACCAACCUGUUUGGCUGGUUACGAGAAGCCUCCUGCGAGCAAAGGAACAUACAAACGUGACAAUUCUGUUUCAUAAAACAUCUAAACCAGUAAUUAUGUGCUUACGUAUAUUAUAAUAAUGUUCACAGUAGUUGUAAACCAAAAAAAGACAACUUUUCGUUAUUCGAUAUAACAGCUGCACACAGCUUAGUUACUUUUAUUAGCUAAAAAAGAACAUAGAUUUCAAGUAUAACUGUUAAAAAACUAGCGUUAUUGUAUUGUACACAUAAAAAUUU